GAAGACGACGAUGCGUGCAGCUUGGAUAUUUUUGGGUAUUCUAGCCCUUAGUGCGGCCCGCACUCUAAAGAAACGGGACGAUGAUGGAGACGACAGCAACCACUGGGAAUCGGUGUUUCUAGCGGGCGCUAAAAACGACUAUACGGAUGUCGAAAAGGAAAACAUGUUGGACAACAUUGUUGGCGAUAUGGGACACUUCCUGUCUGUGGUGGAAAAAGCGAUCAAUGGCGAAAAUGUUGAACAGAACAAAUAUGACAUUGUUAAUAUGCUGUCAGGAGCUCUACUUCUUGUAAAGAUGCACGAGGAAAAGGCCGAAAAUGGACACGUCAUGAUUGCACCAAAACCAGUUACAAUCCCCGCCAGAUGUACCAGGGCUGAUGUCGAGGCUCUUGGGGAGUGUGAUGCAAUGGUCAAACGUGUUUUAGAGUGCAUCCAGGGAGGAGGAAAGGCCAUGGUUGCCACCCUGUCAGAUAAAGCUAUUUCCUUUGAAGACAGAGUUGGUGAAAUGAAAUCAUUUAUUAAUAAAAUUGUCGCAGAACUCGAAGGCAUUAAAAUGUUGUUUAGACAUUGUUCCAAGCCUCUCACCCCGGAACACUGGAAAGAAGCAUGGAAAUUGACUGAAGCCGAUUUGAGCAACUCAGACGAAGCCGAGACGAAGCUCAAGGACCUGGGGAUGAAAAUUUACAACGACGUUAAAGACAUAAGAGAUAACCUGGACAUUCUUUUAAGCGGAAAGGGAACUGAACACGAGUUUAAAAAGGCUGAGCAACAUCUUGCGGCUGCCGUGGCUUUGGCCGAGUUUCACGAGAGGCAGGGCGCUGAUACUAUUCAACCAGACAAAGUUCCCAUCGACGCUGAUUGUACAAAUGAUGAAAUUAACAGUCUGGAUAACUGUGGCGAAAAAUACUUCCGGGUGGGAACCUGCAUGAGAAGAGCCGUGGACAGAUUGAUUAACAGGAUGGAAAAUAACAAUAGAGAUUAUGUUGCACUUGCUAAAUACAUGAAGGGAGUGGUUAUGAAUGUUGCCAAAGUUCCAAAACUCCUGCAGGAGAUUGCGAGUUCCUGUUCACAGUUGGAUAUUCAACACUGGGAAAGGGCUUGGAUGAUAACUGAAGAAGAACUAAAAGACCCAGCAAAUAUGGAAAAGUUUAAGCAGUUGGGAAUGAGAAUUCACGACGAUAUGGUGAAAAUCCGUGAUAACCUGGCCGCACUUCUGGGGGGAAAGGGCGGUGACUUCGAAUUAGCUCUAAAACACCUCGAUGCUGCUGUCAAGCUUGCUGAACUUCACGAAGAAAAAGGUGGGCAGUCCAUCACACCAUCUGUUCUUCCAAUUGCAUCUGGAUGCACAAAGGAUGAAGUUCUCGCUUUGGUUGGGUGUGAAAAAAGAGCCAUCAGAAUUGGAACUUGUAUUAAAGAAACUGUUGACAGUGUAAUCAAAGAAAUGAGAUCAAACGCAGACAUCGUUGAGAUCGCCAUGUUUACAAAGGGAUCAGUUCUAAAUAUUGCCAAAGCAGAUGCUAUUGUGAAAGACGUUAUAGCUGGCUGUGAAAGUGAGCACAAGGAAGCAGAUGAUAAGAAAAGAGAACUUGUUGAUCUCCUGAGAAGAAUUUUGCAGAAGUAAACUAACAACUUGUUCAUACCAGGAAUGCCAGACCACGAACCCGAACUGAAAAAAGUUAUUUCCUUAUUGUAAAUGCCCAUAGAUUGUCACACCUACCUCAUGGCUCAACUUGAAUUUUAUUGUCGCAUAAAUAAAUUUCAUUGACAUUUCAAAA